AUGACGGAGUAUAAAUUGGUGGUGGUGGGAGCUGGAGGCGUGGGCAAGAGUGCACUCACCAUCCAACUCAUCCAGAACCACUUUGUGGAUGAGUAUGACCCCACUAUUGAGGACUCUUAUAGGAAACAGGUUGUUAUUGAUGGAGAAACCUGCCUGCUCGACAUCCUGGAUACUGCAGGUCAGGAGGAAUACAGUGCAAUGAGGGACCAGUACAUGAGGACAGGGGAGGGAUUCCUCUGUGUGUUUGCCAUCAACAACACCAAAUCCUUUGAGGACAUACAUCAAUACAGGGAACAGAUUAAACGUGUGAAAGACUCCGAUGAUGUUCCAAUGGUGCUUGUGGGCAACAAAUGUGACCUCCCAGCACGCACGGUGGACACAAGGCAAGCCCAGGAACUCGCCCGUUCCUAUGGCAUCCCUUACAUCGAAACCUCUGCAAAGACACGACAGGGAGUGGAAGAUGCCUUCUACACACUGGUCAGAGAAAUUAGGCAACAUAAACUGAGGAAGCUGAACCCACCGGAUGAGAGCGGUCAGGACUGUAUGAGCUGUCGCUGUGUUGUAUCAUGA